AUGGCUGAGUCAAAGGACUUCACUGGGAAGCUAUUUGUGGCUUUGGUGAUCAAAUUGAGUGCCUCAGAAAACAAGCUUUCAAAAGUCAAAGCACAUGCUGUUACCUAUGCAGCUCUUGUCAUGAAGGAGCUUGACCCCGAUAAUCUUGGUUACAUCGAGAUUGCACAACUUGAGACUUUGGUUCGAGGCCUGGUUAACUCACAAGGAUCUGAGAGAACACUCAGAAGGUCACAUGGGCUUGGAAAAUCAAAUGACAACAAGGCUAAUACAGCUCUAGAUGCGUGGAAAUUUGAGCAGUACAGAAGGAGGUCAGCUUUUCAAGUAAUGGGCUAUUGUGUCUGCAUAGCCAAGGCUGCAGCUGAAACCCUGAAGUUGAAGAUGGCUCUGAUUCUCAUCACUGUUGGCAGAAAUAUGCUUACAAGACUUAGAUUAACUGCUCUUAAUUCAAUAUUCCCAUUGAUGACAACAUCAACUUCCACAAGAAGAAGUGUUGUGAAGUUGCCAUCACCCCUCCACCACUUAGCUGGCUUUAAUGCAUUUUGGUACGCCCACCACCUCCUGGCACUGGUAUAUGCUCUCCUAGUAGUUCAUUCCUAUUUCAUUUUUCUCACCAAGAAGUGGUACAAGAAGACGACAUGGAUGUACCUCACAAUUCCUGUCCUUUUUUAUGCCUGUGAGGGAUUAAUCAGAAAACUUCAUGAGAAAAGCUAUCGUGUGGCCAUCAUUAAGGCAGCCAUAUAUCCAGGCAACGUCCUCUCAAUACAUGUGAAAAAGCCACCAGGAUUCAAGUGUAAAAGUGGAAUGUACCUAUUCAUCAAGUAUCCAGAUGUCACACCUUUUGAAUGGCAUCCCUUCUCAAUCACAUCCACACCAGGAGAUGGCUAUUUGAGUGUUCAUAUUCGAUCCUAG